CAUCUCUGGCUGGCAGCGGACACAAAUUAACCGGGAAGGGUUUCAGUUAUCAUCCAGGAAUUACCCAGCCCCGUGCAAACUAAAGCACACGGAUCAUAUUAUUUCUAAACUUUUGAAGAUCCUUUUUUUUUUUGGUCCGAAGAUCUGCUCAUGAUGGUGAUUUGACCCCUUCGGAUUUGUCUCCGUAAUUGGACCAUGGCAAACCUCGCGGCGGUGUAUGGAUAUUACCGCAGAUAAGUUACGAUACGGAUGAACCGAUUAUUCUAUUGGUCAAUUGUAUUUUGGCUAAAAUGAGCACGUAUCGAAAGUUUCCGGUGUGCUUGUUCUUGUUUCAGCUAUCUCAACACCGGGUCAUUCCUGGCUCCACACCUUGCCUUUUUUUUUUUUUUCCCCCUGCAAACAACCGAGCCCGUCUGUCCCUACGUCAAGAUACCAGAAGCCCUUGUGGUUUUGAAAAGGUGGUCAACAUGUCGUCAGGUUUCGUGUCUGGAGGAACCAGCGAUAAACCGAUAGAACGCGAUGAUGAAUGGCGCCGGGUACAGCAGGAGCUCGAAGAGGAGCGAAAGCGCAAGGCAGACCUAGGCAAGCAAGAUGGGGGUAAAAGCUUAUAUGAAGUUUUGGAGCAGAACAAAAUGGUUAAGCAGGAAGCCUUCGAAGAGAAAAUGAAACUGAAGAACCAGUUCCGCUCUCUUGACGAGGAUGAGGUCGAUUUCCUAGAUUCAGUUCUGGAAUCGACACGCGCCCAAGAAGCUGCUGUCAAGAAAGAUACGGCCGACCAGCUCGAAGAAUUUCGCCGCCAGCGGGAAGAGGCCGAGAAAGUCUUACUAGAAGACACGUCCGCAGAUGUCAAACCAUCAGCCGAAACAGAAGACUGGAAAAUUCCAGCGCGCAAAAGACGGCGCGAUAAAAAGCAGGAUCUCCUUCUUCCAGGCAAGAAGCGGAAGUCUUUAGCAGAGGAAGAGAAAGCCGAUGAGGCUUCAUCUCAAACUAAGCAAAAGACAGCUCAGGCCACCAAGCCUGCUGCCAAAAGCGCAGGUGGGACAUCUGUUUCCAUCCCAACCCCCAAGGCUACACCACAGGAAUCCAACUCGUCGCAAAGCCCGAAAAACGCUGGAAAGCAAGUUGAGAGCGCGGAUGCGAAAGCAAGUCAGCCUGAAGCAAAGCCUGCAGCCCAACCUUCUUCUUUUUCUCUUGGCCUCGCUGGGUACAGUUCCGAUUCAGAGUGAAUCAGCUCUUCGGGUCCUUUGACAUCAUGCCGUGCAUUUGCUGAGCAGAAUGGUAUAUCAAAGGUUGCCCGUUGCUGACUUGCAUUCGUGGCCUAUGCGAUGUAAAUCAGCAGAACGCCGUGCCAAUAUGACGCGCAAGACUUUAGUUAAUGCACCAGAGAAACCAAUCUCAUUGCAGAGUUGAGUUCGACUGCUGGACAGUCAUAGGAGCAAUAUACUACUACAUAUAGAUUGCUUGGA